GGCUGUUAGUAAAAUUGUUACAUUUCUCAGAUCAAUGAGAGGCAGAGGCAGCAGUUCUGAAGAGGCCAGCUAGUUUUUGUGUGGUCCUGCGUCUGAGUCAAUCUGCAAAGAUUCCGCGAGUCUAAAACAGCCAUCUGUUUGGUUGUAGUCGAGAAGAUUACGUUUGCAACCCGAGAGAGAGAGGGGGGGAGAGAGAGGGAGAGGAGAGAGAGAGACUUAAGUUCUUUUCUGCAGUUUCACACUACGACGACCGUGGUAACAUGCACUUCGCUUUUCAUUGAGAACUUUCAAAUCGGCUCGCUAACAUUAUCACCUUCAUGUCGACUUUGUUGGAUAAUUCUACACGGAUGCUAUGGUUACCUUUAUUACGAUCUUACAGGUGAAUCUAGUAAUGUCCAUCCUGCUUUAUGUAAUGUUCCUGGCUUACCUCUGCGGUAUCCAAGCUACGUCGAUGGACAGGCGGGAAUUAUCACCGGACCCCGUGAACUCGCUGAUCAUCAGGCUCCUCCAGGCGGACAUCGUGAAAAGCAAGCACCAGCAGGGGGCGACGCACAGGACGGCGGGGGACGGCAGAACAGCCGGUGGCGUCCCCGAGGAGGGGGAUUACCCGGAGGGGAGGCUGGCCCUCCAGCUGGACGCGGAGCUGCUGAGACAGCGCAAACGGUACAGCUCCCCCCGGGUGCUCCUCAGCGAGCGGCCGCCCCUGCAGCCGCCGCCGUUGUACCUGGCGGACGACUACCUGGGGAGCCCCGAGGCGCUGAACCGGACGCGGCAGAAGCGGUACGCGGAACACAAGAGCUACCGGGGGGAGUACUCCGUGUGCGAGAGCGAGAGCCUGUGGGUGACGGACAAAUCCACGGCCGUGGACAUCCGGGGGCGGGAGGUGACCGUCCUGAAGCAGAUCAAGAUGGAGGGCGCCGACGUCAAGCAGUACUUUUACGAGACCAAGUGCGUGGCCUCCACCUCCACCAAGCGCAGCUGCAAGGGCAUCGACGACCGGCGCUGGAACUCGCAGUGCAAGACCUCCCAGACCUUCGUCCGGGCGCUGGCCUCGGAGAAGAACUCCGUCGGGUGGAGGUGGAUCCGGAUAGACACGUCGUGUGUGUGCGCGCUUUCGCGUAAAGCCCGGAGAACGUAACCAAGCGCCCCCUCCCCUCCCCCACCCACACCCUCUCUCUCUCUCUGGACUGCAGACAUAAAUUAUUCCUUUAAGUUAUAUGAAUUGCAUGUAGCAUAUUAAAAUCUUUAUAUAUUUGUGUUAUUUAUUAAAAAGUCUUCAAAAGGUGUGUAAAGAAAAACAAAAAACCACGCAAAGCCACCAAAAAGGAACAUUGAUGGAGAGACUUUGUGCCUUCCUCACACGUCUUUACAGUCAGUCCUCACACAGAGGAGGGAUUCUGGAGUGCAGAUUACCUCUUAAGGUGAUGUCUCCUAAGGCAAAUCAGAUAUCAGUAUUUUCUUUCAGUAUUGUGAAGUAUGUUCAUUCAGUACUCACUUCUCAAGACCAAAUGUGUGUUUCACCAUGUCCGACCUCUUAAAGAAUUUUUGGAAAGCAAAUCCUUCUCCGCAUAAGAACAUGGGGAACUCAUUUUCGUAGUGUAACGGAGCAACUAUUUAGAGUUCUUUGUUAUUUCUUAAAACCAUGAGUUGAUCACACUCCUAUAGAAGGCAUGUACAUCCCGAACCUGUAUUUUUGACAAUGAAGUGCACGCAUGCAAGAUUCACAAACUGUACCAUCAGGCAAAUAAUUGCAGAAGUCCUCUGCCGAUGACGCACCUCUUCAACUUUCAAGCGUCCGAAAUGCUUAAAAAAAAACCUACGGCUGCUUAUUCGUCAGAUUUAAUUCUGUCCACCUUACUCUUACCAGAAAUUACUAUUGAAUGUUUGAUGCAAGAAUUUGCUUGGGCUCAACAUGAAAAUGGAAUGUAAAGUAUUCUGAGCGCUCAAGACAAAUAGACUAUUGAAACCACUGGAGAUUGUGCUAAUAUCCUUGUCUGUCAGAAAAAAAAAACGGAGAUAGAAGGGAAUUUACGCAAGUUAUUUGGUAAAAUGAAAGCAGUCAUGCUAAAAAAAAAAUUAGCAGUUAUUGUUCUAUAACUCCAUAAUAUUGUCAGCGAUGUAAAAUAAGCAAUGCUGGUUUAAAAGGCCUUGUAUUUCAGUUGUUUUCAGGGUUUUUUCAUUCAGGCAGUGGUGAAUUCGAUCCACACUGGCUUUUCCCUGUCAACACACAUGACCGUUUUAAAAUACACCUGUAUUUACAUUUGCCUUUUUCCCCAAUUUCUCAGAAAACACAUACUCCCAUAGUCCCCUGAGCAGGUCCAGGAUGGGAAGGAUAAAAUUGCUAAGUAAAUGUGUAUACAGUGUCUGCGAUAAGAGUUUCAUAUAGCACUUGUUAAAAUAUUCUGCCAAUGUGUAGGUGAAGAUUCACAAGCAGCUCCUCGUAACAAAUUAAGAGUAACAAUUAGUGGCAAGUGUAUUUAAACCAAGGGCCGAAACCAAAGUAUGAGUUGUUUUUAGACCACAGAGGCUGGGUAGUUGAAGAUGGUGUUAAGGUGUCAGAGACUAUCCCAGCAAACAACGGGACACCAGUCCAUCACAGAGGCAGACUACAAGAUCCUAAUUUCCCCCCCAAACUAGAGCACAACAGCAAACAAUGAACCUGUGGCCUGUUUAAGCCCUUAGGUAUUCAUGGGAAGUGCUUAGAAAACAACCUGCUUGUUUGUUUUUUACAGCUAAAAUAUACAAAACAGAAUAAAAAGAAAUUGGACAAUAGUUGAUACCAACAAAAGCUGAAAAUUGUUUUCUGUAAUAAACAUUAUGGAAGCUGUGCACUGACAACAUGAUUCUGAAUUCUCUAAUAAUGGCCAAUGCCAGGACCAUUCUAGGUCAGUAUAAUUUUUUAUUGUAUAUUUGACCUGGCCCAAAAAGCUUGCAAUCAAGGUUAUAGUUUUUCCCCAGUUUCAUCAAUUCUUUGAAUGUUUUGGAGCUUGUGGCUAGGAAAUGUCAGAUAAAAAAAGCUGUCCUUUGACUCUGAAUCAAUGAUCCCUGCUUUCUUAUUCCUGAAUUUGCUGUGUUAGAUAUGUAAUUUUCCUGCACAACACUGUGGGCUAACUGUUUUUUUUAAAUGUUGGUGACCUGAUUGAGCAAAUUUCCUCUAUGUACUUAAAUUUUCCAUCCUGUGGGCCCUCAGAAUAUUUUUAUUUAUUUCUCAAACUAUAAUUGUUCAUAUUGCACACGUUACCAUACUCAGGAGAGACAACAAGCCUUUCCAAUGCAUCUGAAUAAGUACAGUAUGAAUGCAUCUUAAUUGACCGAAAUGACACAAAACUUUCAUUGAACUCCAAAUUAACAGCUUGCACUACACAACGUACUUUUGAAUUUAUAAUCAAAGCCUACACUUUCCUGUGCCCUGGGCACAAAUAACCUGCUUCCACCUGGAGGAGCAUGUUCAUUCUGAGAGAUUCUCACAUCAGCUCCAUCUUUAUCACUUUCAGAGCCAUAGUGAAACUCUUAACAGCAAGCUAAUGAUGGCGGGGCUACUUCGGUUGCAAAAGAUAAGGAAAAACAGCAGCCCUAAAAUAAAAUCAUUUAAUGACAUUAACUACGCAGCACUGUCUCAGCAGCAAUUGUAGAGUCAUAGUCUUAUUGUGGAAAAGCUGUGUCUUAAGAACCUCUCCACACAUGUAGAGCUGGGAUUUGAACACAUAAUCUCCUUAUUAAAAGGGUUUACAACAUGCCAGUCUGAUCUUUUGAGGUAAGCAUUUUAGAUCUUGAGAUAUUGAAAGGCAUCUUCAUUGUGCCAGUGAUAUACAGUAAAAAGACAACCAGAUAGACACAGAGGAUAAUCUUAUUAUCCGUCUUGAAAUUGAUUAUAUUGUGAUUGCUGCUCAUUUUUUGAGGUGUACUUGUGAAAACAUGACAGGGAAGAGAGGAGGUAAAUUCAGAGCACAGUACUUUACGGAUGUUUAUAGUCCAUGUCUGGUGCUCUCAAUGAAAUUGAAGAAGAAAGAAGAAAGCAGUCCUAGAGCAUGACAAAGGAGCAGUUUGUGUUAUUUGUGGAGGCACCAUACUGCAAUGUCUGGUUCCUUUGUCAAACUUUAAAAAAAAACAUUCAGAGAGCAACACGCAUAAAAACGUGUGGGUGUUCAGACACCAAAGGCAUGAGUAAAAUGUAAAUGAUCCAUUCUUUUCAUAAGUGGGUGAAGUUCAAUUAAAGAAAGCAUUGUGCAGUAAGGAGGACACAGAAUCAUUCAUGAAUGUUAGAAUGGUCACCCAUCAAGACAGUAUUUGCUAGAUAUGGGCUCCUCAUUGCUCACUUGCUUUAAGCCUCUUUGAGGCUCUCAAAAUGGAAAGCCUACACUGAGACAGGCAGACUUAAACCUCUCCUGUUAGUGCCUGCACCUCAACAAGGCUAAAGACGGUUCACAUUAGGAAUUUUCAAUUUAAAAACUGUUCUGUAAGAAAUGUUCUCUUCUGUAGGAUUGCUAGCCCUGGUUGUCCACAAUUUGGUUCCGUUGUCUUACAGCUUGUUCCAGCUGGUUUCUUAAAUACUUUUGCCGAUUUUCCUAAAUCUUCCUUGCACAGUUAUGGUCACACAAUGUAAUACAAGAACUUGUCUGUAUUAAAUACUGUACAUGUCUGUUUUCUGGACUUGCUGUGCACAUGUACUCAAUGUGCUGGCGCUAGAGUAUUUAUCAUCUAUUUUAUCUUUCUCAAAGAACUUUUUGCAUUGAUACACACCCAUAAUUUAUCUUCAAAAUCCGUUGACUUGGAAAUCCUCUCUGCAUUCACAACUUGCAUUUGAGAGGAGAAGGAAUUGAAGCUUACGGGUGAAAAACAAGAUCCAGAUAUCCUUCUACCAAGAUAUUAUGGCAGGAGAAAAAUUUAAGAAACAGGCCUGUGUUGGCGUUAUUGGUCUUCAAUGCACAAGAAGUGUUGUUGAGUUGAGUUAGCUCCUUCUUAAAGUAUUUAAAUUCACUGUAUAAACUACUUUAUCAAUGUCCUCUCAAUUCCUGGAUAUGAUUGAGUUUGCAAAUAGCACAGAUGUGCCAACAGAGUGGUUUUAUAGUGCGUAACACCAUGAAGGACAUGAAACAGCGUGUUUUACAGGAGCAGAGCCCAAGUUCUGCAUCUGUCACUCACUGCCAGUUUAUUUUUUUCAGGGGUGGGUAAGACAUGGAUCUCACAAAAAUAAUGCCUGUUUUUUUCAGCAAUAUUUCAUUUUCCUACGUGUUGGUAGUAGACAUUACUUGAUUUUUUUUUCUACAGGCAAUUACUGUAUGUGCACGUUCCUGUUGUCUAAUCUUGAACAAUGCAGACUAAUCCUUUUGUGGUUACAGAGGACUGCACUCGCCCCUGGGAUAUUUUUAUAGAUUAUGCUCUCCGGAGAUAUGGCUCGCAGUCCAAGUGCGAGACUUUGUGAAUGAUAUUUCAGUCCACAAAAAGCAGGAAUUUGGUUUUGCCGUUAUUCAAAAGCAGGAGUCGUAUUGCCGAGACAAAAACUUGCAAGUAAAAUUAUUGAUCUAAACUGUCCCAGUGAGAAACACAUCCUUCAUUCUGAUUUACAGAAGAUCUUAUGCAAUUUAUUUAAUAUACCAGGUAUAUUAAUAUAUGCAGUCUUUCUAGGCAUGUGAACCCCAGCACAACCACUAAAUUAGUGUGUAUUUAAAGUCUUCAGUGAGACAUGGGUGACCUGUCUUGUCUGGAGGGUUAGCAGGGAUCAACUCAGUUUGUGGUUAUAAAGGAGAGGUAAAAAUUGAAUUCUGUGCAAGGUGAGGGGCAGGAUCUUUAGAUACUGCAGUGCCUUUUCCUUUAAAAAUAAUAUUUCCCACAGGGAGCUGUAUCAGUGUGUUGGCAGCAAAGGAAUACAUACAUAUUAAUUCCCCAUUUCUUCAAUGCUGAAGAAGGCACAAUGGCCAAAACAUUAACUUUCUCCUUUCCAUUUUAAGUGUGGAAUUAACCUUUACUUGUUCCCUAUUAAUCAAAUCAAUGGAAGAAUUAUUAGGAAUGUAGUUUGGUAAUCUGCUGAGACUUUCAUUUAUUUGUAGAGCCAGGUAUACUGGAAAAAAUGUGAAAAUUAUAAGAGAAGAUUAUACUAAAAUAUUAACAUUUUCUGAGGGAAAAGGCACACCCCAUAAUUACAAUUUUGCUAUUGUUGGUUUUCCUCUUUGGCUGUGGUGUGUUUGUCCAGUAUCUGUGAUGGACUGGCGUCCCAUCCAGAUCGUACCCCGCCUCGAACCCAGUGUUUUCCAGGAUAUGCUCCAACUUGCCUGGGACCCUGAAUUGAUUGAAGUGGUUAGAAAAUGGAUGAAUCGAGGUCCCCCCCCCCACAAGAUUGUCACAAGAUGUAUAACUUCCAUAACAAUAAAAAAAGUCAAUUUCACAGCUCCUCAAUACCCCUUAUGAAAAGGUUAAUGUGCCAAAAUUAGAGUACUGUAAUGCAUACGGCCGACAGGCACUGG